AUGUAUUCGAAUACCUUUUACGGCGGCACCAGCAGCCGCCCUGGCCCGACUGGGUUUGGCCAGCAACAACCACCGCCGCCGCAACAACAACAGCAACAACAGCCCCAACAGCAGCCUUUCCCCGGAUUCUCUCAACCUCAGCAGCAAAAUCUUCAGCCAGGCGCGUUCAUGCCGCAAGCUACCGGCUUUGCUGGCAGCAAUCCGAUGCAGCAGAUGCAAAUGCAAAUGCCAAUGCAACAGCCACAACCUACCGGCUUUCCGCCUUCGCAUCAGUUUACUGGCUUCCCUCUCCAAAAUCAACAACCCCCAAGUGCAGUCACGGCGGUGACUCAACAGCAGCUGUCAGCGCCUUUGCCAAACCCCCCACAUGAAACAGGCAUGACUUCGACACAGAUUGCACACUCCUUUGCGCAGCCGGCAACUCCAGCUGUUCCGGCGCAACAACACGCUUCUUCAGGCUCCAAGAUUCCGAAUAUGCGCCUCUCUUUCAUCACCGCACAGGACCAGGCGAAAUUCGAGCAACUUUUCAAAUCAGCUGUGGGGAAUAACCAGGCGUUGGAUGGAGAAACGGCGAAGGAUCUACUUAUGCGUUCCAAGCUGCCUGGAAGUGAUCUUUCGAAUAUUUGGGUGCUUGCCGAUACCACGAAAUCAGGCCGCCUCCUCUUCCCCGAAUUUGCGUUGGCGAUGUACCUCUGCAAUUUGAAGCUAACUGGCAAGGAGCUUCCAUCUGUCCUUCCCGAGCGCAUUGCGAAUGAAGUCUCCAGUAUGGUCGAUAUCAUAUCUUUCGCUGUCCCAGAUGAUAGACCUGCCCCUCCUCAAACGAAUGUACCGAAAUUUGAUGCUCCGCUCAUGCAGAACGCAUCCGCGCCGCCUGCACCGCAGCAACCCCAGCCACAACAGCCAUCCAAUACCCAACUGCUCUCCCAAUUGACCUCCCAGCCCACCGGAUUCUAUAACCAGGCCACCGGCCUUCAACCUCCUUCGAUUGUGCAGCCUCAGCAAACUGGAUUUCCAGCCCAGAAUGCUGGUCUCCGUCCACAACAAACUGGGUUUUUGAAUAACCCUCAGCCAACUGGUUAUAACGGACCACGGCCGCCUAUGCCGCCUAUGCCUACAGGAUAUGGCUCGGGCCUUUCGCCAUCUCAGACUGGACUUGCCCCUUUGAACGCUCAGCCAACUGGGGUCCCUGGCCAAUGGGGUUUUGUCAACGCUCCCGCGACUGGAUUGCCGAACAUCGAAGCAUUACAGCAACGAUUGAUGCCUCAACCGGGACGUGAAGGCGGAUUCACGACGCAAGGCCUAUCCGGGAACGCGACGAUUCCAUGGGCAGUGACCAAGGAUGAAAAGAAGAUCUACGACCAGCUGUUCAGAGCAUGGGAUGGUUUCAAUAAAGGGUUCAUUGGAGGCGACGUGGCGAUCGAAAUCAUGGGUCAGAGUGGCUUGGAACGUCAGGAUCUUGAGCGCAUCUGGACAUUGUCUGAUCCGAACAACCGGGGAAGACUGAACAUGGAUGAAUUUGCCGUCGCAAUGCAUCUGAUAUACCGGAAACUCAACGGAUAUCCUGUGCCAAAUCGUCUCCCGCCCGAACUCAUUCCCCCUUCAACGAGGAAUUUUAACGACUCUAUUGGAACCGUCAAGUCUCUACUGUCCCAGGAUGCGGAGUCUCGCAAGUCUUCUGGUGCAUUUUUACAACCUCAGCAGACUGGUGUUAGUUAUUUGAAGAAUCACUCUUUCCGUAGCGGAUCAUCCACGCCUGGUGCUGGGAGGAAAGACGCAACCGUAUUUAAAAAUAAUGAUGACGCUAUAGGGUAUAGGUCAAGCGCGCGCCGUCGUGUUGGUGGGGGUGGAACACCUUCUCCCUCUCCGUCCCCAACGCCAGAACGUUCUGAUGACGACGUUUCAGUUGAGCAAUUGAAGAAGAAAAUCCGGGAAACGAAAAUCAUGCUGGAUGCUACUGAUUUCCGAGACCAGAAUCGUGCAGAGGAAGAGGAGGCCCUUAGCCGUAGAGAUCGUCGGGAGGCUGAGUCUCUCAUGGAGAGAAUUCGACGUGUUCAAGAUGAUAUCGAUACCGAUCCCAAGGCUGCGUUCCGCAUCACGGAUUCGGGAGCUGAACGCCGUUCCCUGCGAAGACAGCUCCAGUCCUACCAGGACCAACUUCCCGAAUUAGCUUCUAAUGUUCGCAAGGUUGAGCGAAGCAUUGCGGAUGCUAGGCUUGAGUUGUUCCGUCUAAAAGACGCAAAGGCUCACCCCAGUGCUGCCGCUGCGAUUGUUGGAACUGGCCCUGGUGGCACUGUUACAGAGUCUGACCGGAUCAAGGCCCGCGCGCGUGCCAGAAUGCAAGCCAGGGCUGCUGAGCUAGCUGGGAGACCGCCACCAUCUACUGACGAUGAUGGGGCUGCAGCCCGGCGACUCGAGGAGGAGACAGCGUCUGUUAAGGCUGAGCGGGAGCGGAAUGAUGCUAUGACUAGGGAUGUGGAGGAGAGUGUUAAAGAGUUUACGCGGAGCCUUGAAGAUAGUCUGAAGGAUGUCGAUGAGAAUUCUACGCGUGAGCAUGAAAGGAGGCGGUGGGAAGAGGCUCUGGGCGUUGAGGAUACCAUCAUCCACCAUCAACCAUCGGGCGCAAGACCGGUUCUUCGCGUGUUUCGGAGAACCGCAUCUUCCCAAAGAUCCGUAUCUAAUAACCGCUAUGAUAAUGCAUCAUCUAACGGUGACACUCUGCCAGUCCGGCCAUCUCAGCCCCAAUCCACUGGCUCUCCUUCAUUGGCUGGCCUUACCCAUCAGGAACGUGUGACGUCCGCCAAGGAGCGAGCGCAGAAACGUAUUGCAGAGCGCAUGGCCGCAGCUGGACUCAAGCCAAACUCUGAUGGAAGCGGUGAAACCCUUCUCGAACGCCAGGAACGAGAAAAGCGUGAACGAGAAGAGCGACGAAAACGAGCGGAGGAGGAAGACGCGAAACGGGAGCAAGAGAGGCAACGACGCAUUGCUGAGGAGCAAAAUGGCCCCCCUGUAAAAGCCGCUACCACUGGCAAGAAACCUCCUCCGCCUCCAUCGCGAAAGGGUAAGGCGGAUGGCGUUGGUCCUGCGGAAACGAGGAAGCUCGGUGAUUUGAAGAAUGCUGCUAGGGAGAAGGCUGAGCAUGAGGGGAGAGAGAAGGCUCUGAGAGAGGAGCAUCUAGCUCAGGAAGCUGAGAGUCGCCGUUUAGAGGCUGAGGCCAGACAACAAGAAGAGGAAUUGGCAAGAGAACGCGAAGCUGCCCAGGCCCGUCUCAGGGCAUUAGAGGAGCAGGUUAGACAGGGCAAGAUUAAGAAGCAAGAAGAAAAACGCCGGAAGCAACUUGCUGAAAAGGAAGCUAAAGAAAAGGAGGCACGACUUGCCAUUCAGCGUGCAGAGCUUGAGGCUGCACAGGCUCGGGAGAGAGAGCUACAGCGUCAGCUUGAGGGUCUCGAUGAAGAAGAAUCAUCAGAUGAUGAAGGCCCCGUCGAGGUUACUCCACAAAAUAGCACUCCUACACAGAGUGCUGUUUUACCUUCAGCUACUACUACCAUGGCGUCACCUCCGUCUGUCCCACGACCUGCAACACCACCAGCAGCGCCGUUUGAACCAGAACUAGCGUCUGAGGUUGCUUCUGCUACGAGUACCUCCAUUCCGAGUCCAGAAUCUGUCAAACAGCGCGUAGCGGCUGAUACAGAAUCGAGGAACCCUUACUUCCGUAAAAUGGGCCAGUCGGUAGAUACGCAACCACCUAGCUUCCACACGCCACCAGAACAAAUACCAGAUCCUCUUUCGACAACUGAAGUUGCACCCCCGCCUGCGCCCGCACCUGCACCUCCUAAGACUGAGAUUCAAUCAACAAACCCAUUCCACCGCCUAGCUCAGCAACAGGAGAGCCAAAAAUCCGCCUUCGCUGCUGCGCCUCUCCCUGGUCCUCUAACCCGCAAGUCCCGUGCGCGCCCUGAAGACGAUGAAUGGUCCAUCGCCGAAUCGGAAAACUCUUCUGAUGAUGAUGACGAUAGACCUGCCGGUGGCAGCGCUAAACAUCUAGCCAGCAUCCUCUUUGGCACCAUGGGCCCUCCACGUCCCCUCAGCGCUAUGGAUGAGAAACCGGAGUCUAAAUCUGCUACUCCUGUCCAGGAGAGUCCUACGGUGGCUGCGUCGCCGCCACCACCACCACCACCUCCGUCGGAACCUGCUCCAGUCACAGCGCUACCACCAGCCGUCGCUGCGCAAGAUGUGGAAGAGGAUGAUGAUGACGACGAUGAAAAUGACUUCCAAGAUGCGCCUUCAAUGCCUCCACCUCCUCCACCUCCUCCCGUUCCUGCUUCAUUCGCGGAUGCACCACCAACCGCACCUCCUCCGCCACCCCCACCAGCGUUCAGCGCUGCUGCACCACCCCCACCCCCACCUCCACCAUCUGUCGGUGGUGCCCCAGGAGGUCCUCCGCCACCCCCGCCUCCUGCUGGAGAUGCGCCGGCUAUUCCCAAGGCAGCGGGCCCAGAUGCUGGAGCUGGGAGAGGGGCGCUGUUAGCUAGUAUUCAGGCCGGGAAAGGGUUGAGGAAGGUGGAGACUAAGGAUCGGAGCGCGGCCUCAGUUUCGGGCAGGGUUCUUUGA